AUGCGUCCCAACGGGCCCCGCGACGCGGUAGCAGGACCAGAAAGCGGCCCCUCGCCACCCUUUCCCCUAAAGCUCAGUGGAAAAGUGAUUAAAGGGUUCGGCCGGGGCAGCAAAGAGCUCGGCAUCCCAACGGCCAAUAUCCCGCUCUCCGGCCUCAGCGUUGGCGGCCAGGAGGGCAUGGAGAGCGGGAUCUACUUUGGGUGGGCCGGGCUCGAGGCUCCGCGCGCCGACGGCCGCGACGGCCGCGAGGCUCAAGGUUCCGAUGGAGAUCGUGAUCGAGAUGAGUUCGACGAGAGGGUCUACCCAAUGGUGAUGAGCGUGGGCUGGAAUCCGUACUACAAGAACACUGUGCGGAGCGUCGAGGUCCACAUCAUGCGCAGCUUCCCCUCCGACUUCUACGGCAGCCAUCUUAACCUCCUGGUCCUGGGGUUCAUACGGCCGGAGUAUGAUUACGUGUCCAAGGAAGCGCUAGUUGAGGACAUCAUGGAGGAUAUCGAGGUCACGAGACGGAGCUUGGCGAGGCCUGCGUAUGCCAAGUAUCGGGACGAUGAGUACUUGGUCCAGUUUCCCAAGGCGAGAAGUAAGGAGGAGCAAGAGGAGAUUGAUAUUGCGAGCUGA